AUGACAGAGACAAAUACGACACAAAAUGAAAUUAACGAAACCCUCACAAUGAAAUUUCUGGCAACAAACUUUAGCAGUGCCACAUUCAAUAUAGAGUCUUCGACGACAACUGCUGUGCCAAAAAUUCCUGUCUGGGAGGGGCUCCUCCUCUUAGCAUUCAUUUCCGCCUGUCUUAUUGCUGGAGGAUUCCUCUACGCUCUUUUGCUUUGGAUUAUUUCCAAAGUGUAUUAUUUCAAUGGCGAUGAAGAGCAGAGAGCUACUGAUCCCGAAAAAGAGGAGCGUCACGCAUUGGACAACGAAAAAUCGCAAAGUCUUGAAGAAGUCACGUUUGACUUGGACUCUGAUCACCUGAAAGAUAAGGGAGCCUCGAAAGAUUAUCUGGCUAUUAAUGCAGUGUAUAAACCUACUCCAACUAAAAAAGGAAACAAUGACACUAGCAAUCCGCGAACGGCGCAGAAAUGCUCAACAGAGAAACAAGAUAAUCUCCUGCGUCCAGAAGAACCAAAUGAGGAGAGCGACAAGAAGAAGUCAGACAGCGAAAAGCAACUUUCAACAAAAUACUCUUCUAGAUCUGAUUUGCAUCUGAGUCCACCACCAACUCCAAAAUUUGUGUCCCAGAGUGAAAGAGGCAGCGACACUCAGCGAAGUGCAAAGUCAGGAACCGUUGGAUAUUCUGAAAAAUCUCAGAGAAGGUCGUCCAGAGCAGCAGAGUCUCUAAGAAAGCCUUCAGUUUGCGAGCGCUAUUCGAACAGGGCCAUGGGCGAGUUACUGCUGCCGUUAGAGGAGUUAGAAAACUGA